AUGUAUUGGAUAGUGUUCGCGUUCUUCACCUGCGUCGAAACGUUUACCGACAUUUUGCUGUCCUGGUUCCCGUGCUACUAUGUAAUCAAAGUCAUCAUCGUACUGUGGUUGCUGUUGCCAGCGACGCGCGGUAGUUCGAAUCUCUAUAGGAAAUUCGUGCAUCCGAUGUUGACACGCCGCGAACAGGAAAUCGAUGACUACAUCAACCAAGCCAAAGAAAAGGGCUACACGGCUGUGCUACAGUUAGACAGCAAUCAAGGCUUUUACAUUGCACCGCAUAUGCCUAGCAUGAUGCGACAGAGCCAUUCCGAUGAUACGCUUGCUUCUGCUACGCACGGCUCACGCCGCACUUACUCGCUCAGUUGCGGAAUUCAAUCAACGCAGGUGGACGGUUCCGAGCCAUCGACGAUUGCUUCCCGGGUGAGGCGUUACCAUUCGGCUGAUUCCGCGUUGAACAAAGCUAGUUCUACACAUGCUCAGCCAAGUGCCCCGAACCAUAGUAUAAUAUACGAAUUAGAUACCGAAGAAGAGGAACAACUGCUAGCGAGUGCUGUACAAAAAAGAAAAACUGCUGCCACCCGCGGUAAAAAUGCCACAAACGGUACCAACGGAACGGCAGCGCCAAAGACAACUCGUGGUCGUAAGAAACCUCGCAAGGACUCAGAAACGAUGGAAAUCGAUGUUGAUGAUUAG